CGCAACUCUAUACUUUAUUAUAAUUACAUAAUCACCCAUUAACUCUCUGAAUUUGUCUCAGUACCUCCAUCGCUAGUUUAAGCGCUUUUUCUUCUAACCUAGACAUUCUCCGUCAUCAUCAGUCAUUUGGGUUUUUGAUCUCUUCGGCGAGAUUCCGACUAAAAAUCGAGUGUAAGGGGAUAAACAUUUUCUCGGGAAGAUGAACACGAUAGCGAAGCGAGUCACGGGAUUAAUGACUCGGACGAGUCAAAACCAGUUUCAGCAGGAGCGAGGAAUAAGGGUGAAGGUAUUUUCCGGAGAUCUGGACAAGGCGCUGACGAUUUUGCAGAGGAAGAUGCAGUCAAGCGGGAUGGAGAGGCUGAUCAAAGCGCACCAGACUCAUCACAUUAAGAAUUCGGAGAAGAAGGUCCUUGCUAGGAAGAAUCUGGAACGCAGGAUCAAAUCCAUUGACUUUGCUCGCAAACUUCAGUCGAUCCUCAUCAAGAAAGUCAGAGGUUUAUGAGAACUGAGCCGAAACAACAUUGCUGCUAUAACCAUUCGUCUUCUGCUUUCCAUUACGUUAUUUUUUCUGGGAGUUAAUGUUGAUCAGUGCUAGUAUGUGUGAUAUAAACACAGUGAUGGUCAAGAGUUUUUUUCAUAUUGAACCUUUUGAUGAGUGGAAUCAAUGUGGAAUUGGUAUAAUCUUGGUUUACCAUUAGUUGUUUACUCUUAUGAAUAAGGCUUCUCUUUCCCCCAAGUAUUCCAUAAUCAUUCGAAAAAAAACUUCUUUUUGUUCUUUUGCUUGAUCUAUAAUAGAGCCUGAUUGUGAUUUAGUGCAAGGAAUCUACAAAAAAGAUUA